GAGAACUGUUCCAUUCGAGGCGAAGUUCAGCGGUCGCAGUCCUGACACAGAAGGUGCCCUGAUUCCUUACAUUAAUCAAACACCUCGAAUCACCACACCUUCGACCUACCAUGGCACCAACCACGUAGCGGGAGUGGAGAGUAGGAUGCGAGGGCAGGCCAGGUCGGUCUCGGCAGACAUGGGGGAGCCAGUGGCUGCACGGUGUGCUAUUGGGCCGGGUCACGGUCCGCUGCUGCCCCUCAGUCAAGGAGGGCACUCAUCUGUGCCCCCCAGGCAAGCAGGGGCCACUUUAAAGUGUCGGUCUCUGUGCCAUCAAUCCAGCAGCCCCGGCGAGACCACCACUAUGCAUAAUGCCGGCGCCACCACCACCACCACCACCACCACACACUCAUGCCUGUCACCACGUCUGCCACACACCGCAGCGGCAGGAACAGGGUGCCGUGGACAAAAGACUAGUUCGCUUGGGCGAUCAGGAUCAGGAACUUGGUCCCACGUGCGCCCAAUUCCUGAAGCCCGUCCAGUGUGGCCGUGGCGAGCUGAGGAUGCGACGGAUGGUUCUCGACGCAGCAAAAAGAGUCCUUCAGCGGGGAGUGGAGUUCUGCGGGCGCGGCCACCAAUCUCCACCUCCCACAAGCUCCUCCUGGCUAGUUUCUUGGUGUUGGUCGGCCUGCUGGCACCCGCCGAGUGUGGUAAUCCGGAUGCCAAACGGCUUUACGACGACCUGCUAUCAAACUACAACAAACUGGUGCGGCCCGUCGUGAACGUGACUGAUGUGCUCACCGUCAGAAUCAAGCUCAAGCUCUCCCAGCUGAUUGACGUGCGUGAUAUAGUGUGCGGCGGUUACUCUGCGGCAGCCUGCAGGGGGGAAGGGUGUUUUUGUUUGGAACGAUCGGCUGCCUCUAAUAUCGGAACCGCGCGUGUGCAUCGGGCGGGGCAAAACAGUUCUGGGGCGAAUCAAUGACAUGGCAGAGUAAUGGCUUGGGUAAAACAGUAUCUUGGCAAAACUUGGGCUUGGCAAAAACAGUAGCUUGACAAAACAGUGACUAGGUAAAACAGUAGCUGGGCAAAAUGAAGGCUAGGCAAAACAGUGGGUGGGAAAACAGUGGCUUGCCAAAUUAAUGACUAGGACUAGGAAAUGAUAAAGUAAAGCCUUGGUUGGUCAGAUCAGUGGCAAAGCUAAGGAAAUCACUGAGGAGGCAAAAAAAAUAGCAAAGACACAAUAGCUAGGAACAAGUGGUUGGGGAAGACAAUGACCAGACAAAGCAAUGGCAGGAACAACUCAUUCACAAGGUAAGAUAAUGGCUGCGGUAAAAAAAAAAAACGUCGCCAGAGCUAAACUGAAUAGAUUUGCAAGAGCCGAAGACAAAUGACGAACACAGGCACUGGAUACGAUAAACAGGAGAAACCGCAUUUGUGCACCCUCAGCUUUCCGUGGCAGACUUUAAUUCCUCAUGUAACACACUA